GUGGUAGCUCGUGCCUAUACUCUCAGCACUUUGAGAGGCCGAGGCGGGCAGAUCAGUUGAAGUCAGGAGUUCAAGGCCAGCUUGGCCAAUAUGGCAAAACCCUGUCUCUACUAAAAAUACAAAAAUUAGCCAGGCAUGGUGGCAGGCACCUGUAAUCCCAGCUACUCGGGAGGCUGAGGCAAAAGAAUGGCUCAAACCGAGGCGGCAGAGAUUGCAGUGAGGCAAGAUCGUGCCACUGUACUCCAGCCUGGGUUACAGAGUGAAACCUUGUCUCAAAAAAUAUAUAUAUAUAUAAAGACAACAUAUCUUUACAAAAGAUGGUUUUAGAAGGUCCCUCUGAUAAAAAUUAAGUAUUAAGUAAAAAAAAAAAAGUACUGUGUAAAAAUCAGCAUGGAACAGAAAAUGAGGGUGGCAGCAUUGGAUUCCUGCAUGUGAGAAGUUGAGUAGCGCCAAACAGAUGUACAUAUCCCGACCCCGGAAUUCUUGCCUGAGAACUUUUUAUUCUCCCUGUCUGGGCCUGGAUGUGCUCUCCUAAACCCUGUAUCCUCCAAGUUAGCACUGUUGCCGGGGGCGACCCAGCUUCCCUUGUCCAGGGAGCAACUCGGACACAGGCUCGCUUCAUUUUUAUUCUGGGGUUGUACAAUCUAAGGUAUGAAAUUUUUCCUUUUUGAAUCUCUCACGGUUUGCUAUUGACACAGCAACAACAUAAUGUUGCAAGGAGAGGGCUGGGGGCUCUCCUCCCUACUUCUAGCCCUAUUUCCGCAUAGGCCUUCUUGCUGGGAACUCCUGCCCUGCGGACUGGAAUGGGUACGGAGAUGAAAUGCUGGGUGCGCUCCGGCUCCCCCCGCCCGCCCCGGGGGAGAAGGUUUAGGGCUGGGAAGAACUCUGAUUAGGUUUACAGCCCAGGUUCAGCCGAUUGAAUUAGGGUGUGUCACCAUGGAGACAGGGCCGGCCCGCGUGCUCGCUUGCCAUUGGCUGGGGACUCCAGGGCAAGGGAUAUAAGCCAGAGCUAGAACAGUGAGCCAACUGUGCGAACCAGACCCGGCAGUCUUGCUCAGUUCAGCAUAGCGGAGCGGAUCCGAGCGGAUCGGAGCGGAUAGGAGCACACCGGAGCAGGCUCAUCGAGAGGGCGUCUGCGAGACCAUGGAGAACGGAUACACAUAUGAAGAUUAUAAGAACACUGCAGAAUGGCUUCUGUCUCACACUAAGCACCGACCUCAAGUUGCAAUAAUCUGUGGUUCUGGAUUAGGAGGUCUGACUGAUAAAUUAACUCAGGCCCAGAUCUUUGACUACAGUGAAAUCCCCAACUUUCCCCGAAGUACAGUGCCAGGUCAUGCUGGCCGACUGGUGUUUGGAUUCCUGAAUGGCAGGGCCUGUGUGAUGAUGCAGGGCAGGUUCCACAUGUAUGAAGGGUACCCACUCUGGAAGGUGACAUUCCCAGUGAGGGUUUUCCACCUCCUGGGUGUGGACACCCUGGUAGUCACCAAUGCAGCAGGAGGGCUGAACCCCAAGUUUGAGGUUGGAGAUAUCAUGCUGAUCCGUGACCAUAUCAACCUACCUGGUUUCAGUGGUCAGAACCCUCUCAGAGGGCCCAAUGAUGAAAGGUUUGGAGAUCGUUUCCCUGCCAUGUCUGAUGCCUACGACCGGACUAUGAGGCAGAGGGCUCUCAGUACCUGGAAACAAAUGGGGGAGCAACGUGAGCUACAGGAAGGCACCUAUGUGAUGGUGGCAGGCCCCAGCUUUGAGACUGUGGCAGAAUGUCGUGUGCUGCAGAAGCUGGGAGCAGACGCUGUUGGCAUGAGUACAGUACCAGAAGUUAUCGUUGCACGGCACUGUGGACUUCGAGUCUUUGGCUUCUCACUCAUCACUAACAAGGUCAUCAUGGAUUAUGAAAGCCUGGAGAAGGCCAACCAUGAAGAAGUAUUAGCAGCUGGCAAACAAGCUGCACAGAAAUUGGAACAGUUUGUCUCCGUUCUUAUGGCCAGCAUUCCACUCCCUGACAAAGCCAGUUGACCUGCCUUGGAGUCGUCUGGCAUCUCCCACACAAGAUCCAAGUAGCUGCUACCUUCUUUGGCCCCUUGCUGGAGUCAUGUGCCUCUGUCCUUAGGUUGUAGCAGAAAGGAAAAGAUUCCUGUCCUUCACCUUUCCCACUUUCUUCUACCAGACCCUUCUGGUGCCAGAUCCUCUUCUCAAAGCUGGGAUUACAGGUGUGAGCAUAGUGAGAUCUUGGCGCUACAAAAUAAAGCUGUUCUCAUUCCUGUUCUUUCUUACACAAGAGCUGGAGCCCGUGCCCUACCACACAUCUGUGGAGAUGCCCAGGAUUUGACUCGGGCCUUAGAACUUUGCAUAGUAGCUGCUACUAGCUCUUUGAGAUAAUACAUUCCGAGGUUCUCAGUUCUGCCUUAUCUAAAUCACCAGAGACCAAACAAGGACUAAUCCAAUACCUCUUGGAUUUUAUUUAAUGUCAUAAUGUUGUCAGAAUAAAGAGAAAGAUGAAAUAAUUUCA